AUGGAUUCCCUAUCAAAAAAGAUACAAAACUUAGGGAUUCACGAUUUUAGAAAUGCAGCAAGAUUUGCUCAAAAUGUUAUCGUUCAAUAUGAACCAUAUCAAGUUGACGUUCGUAGAGCCACAAAUACAGAUGCAUGGGGUCCAACACCAAAGCAUUUACAAAAAGUUCUAAGAAAUAGAUAUCAAGUACCGAUUUAUUUAAUUACAGAAUAUAUUUUAAAACGUCUAAUUGAUCAUAUUGCCGCAAGACCAAAAAAUCUUUAUGAAAAGGCACGUAAAGAAUAUGUUAAUUAUGGAUCAGAAUGGCGUGUGGUAAUGAAAUGUCUAAUUGUUUUAGAAUAUUUAAUGUUAAAUGUUGAUUCUGGUGAUGAGUUAAAUCAAGUUCGUAGUUGUUUAACUACUCAUAAACAAAUCAUUGCUAGACAAGUUGUUCAAUAUAAGAUUGGAUUUUCAAAUGAUGGGAAAAUGGAAGUACAUGAACGUGGUAUUAGAAAAAAAGGUGAAUUAAUUAUACAAUAUUUAGAAGAUUCAAGUUUCUUAAAGAAAGCUCGUUCAGAUUCUAAAAAAAAUGCUUUAAAGAUAAGGCAACAGACAGAAUCAACAAUGUAUGAAGCUACUAAUGCUUCAAAUGCAGCUCAUGCUUAUAAUGCUAAUGAAAUGGAUUUCGAUGAAACUACUAAUGGGCGUACUUUCAGUGGGGAUGAUGAUGAUGAUUAUGAAAUUACUUAUCAUGGUUCAGAUCAACAAUCUCAACCUCAACGUCAAAGAUCAAAAUUAGAAGAACAAAGAAGACAAAGAAGAGAAGUACUCAGAGAAAGAAUAAGAAAUACUGAACAACAAAGAAAGGAUAAAGAAAUUGCCAAGCAAAAUACUAAUGUACCUGAUUUGAUUGAUUUUGAUGCCCCAGAACCAACUACUGAAUCUGUAUCAACACCUACAACAAACAACAAUGAUGGUGACGAUGAUGAUGAAUUUGGUGAUUUCCAAAGCGACAGUUCUCCAACACCAGCAGCAAACAAUAACACAGCAAACAUGGAUGAUCUAUUAGGUCUUGGUACGUCAUCUACGACCCCUGCACAGACUACGACUACCAAGGAUAAGGACCCAUUUGCAGAUUUGUUUAACAACUCUAAAUCAUUGAUAUAG